UGUAUUUUAAUGAAUUCCAGAAGUAAGCACUUGAGAGUUGCUGGAGAAAAGCACUCCCUUCUCCAGGUAAAAUGUACUCCUACUCCGAAGUGAUUAAACUCCCACCUCUAAGUACAUAUACUCCUUCUGCAGAGUAAAAGUACUCCUCCUCCACACCAAAUGUACUCAAUGGACUCCAAUUUAUCCUGUAAAUAAUGAGGAACUCCACUAGCCUCGCUCAUGUUGGAGUCCUUCUGGACCUUCCUGACGGACUCCUUGAUGUAUCUGAAGAAUUAGAUUAUGACGAGGAUGAUGGGGAGGGUGAUGAUGGGGUUUUAGAUAAUCUCCGAAUACUUCGUGUCCUUGGAGAUGGAAGUAUUCAACAUCAGGAGGAAACAAACCAGAAUAUAAUUCUCACAAACGAUACAGAUGCUUGGCACCUCUCCUUACUAGUAAUCUCCAGUAUCAAUGUCUGCUUGGUUCUCCUGUAUUGGAUUUAUAUCCUGUUUAUCUCCUAUACCCGUAGUACUAGAUGGAAACCUCCUCUUCUUCCUCAUAUUCUUCUCCUGGGUCUUCUCCUAGCAGCUAGUGCAGGGUUCCCUAAUUUACAUACUGAGAGUAUUUUUUAUUGCCAGCCGCGUCUCAAAACCCCCACUUAA